AAUUAAGAGUCCAACGCCAAUUUCCAGCGUUUAGCACAUAUUCAGGACGACAUGAGUUCCGGAAACCCCGAUUGUCCGUGUUGCAAGGCGCAGACUUAUGAGGGCUGGUCGUGUCUCCCGGAACUGAAAUCGUUCGCCAAGGACGGAUGUCCGUACUGCUCUCUUCUUCUGGAGGGCAUCCUUCACCUGAUUCCCGAUAUCGAGGCCAGAUUCGGCUACGAUGCGACCUUCCGCUUUAAAAACCGGCGUGCUAUCGUCGUAUAUGCGGAUCCCAACGGCUCACUCGGGUACCACCCAAACUCAGAGGACGUGAAGCUGGAGUAUGAAUUCUACACCGUGGGUGCAUAUCGGGAGCCACAGCCUCCUGGGGACACGUCCUCCGAAGCAAGCUUUGAACAGGCGCGGCAGUGGAUCCAAACUUGCUCGACGGACCAUGUGCUCUGCGGCGCGCACGAGCCGUCGUCGCUUCCCACACGGGUACUCGACCUCGGGGAUGAUGAUGCAGGGGCCGAGCCCGCGCAGGUCAAGCUCCUGGAAUCGCACAACCAAAAAGAGCUGUACAUCUCGCUGUCCCACUCCUGGGGGGGUGAGCAGCCUCUCACCACCACUGCGGCGACACUAGAGGAUCGUAAAGCCGGCAUCGAAUUUGCCCGACUGCCCAAGACGUUCCAAGACGCAGUGCGGAUCACCCGGCGAUUGGGCAUUCGAUACCUAUGGAUCGAUUCUCUCUGCAUCAUCCAGGACGACGCCAAGGACUGGCAGGUCGAAGCCAGUCGUAUGGCGAGCAUCUACCGAAAUUCCUGGCUAACCGUGUCCGCGACAAGCUCGUCUUCGCCCAGCAGUGGCUGCUUCAAGUUUGAACAAGCGAUCGAGGUAAAAGCCGACGAUGACGGCGACGACGACGACGACCCUCUAAACGUUCUAUUCCCCGAAGCCACCAAGCUUCGCCAGGAUCUCCGCCUGUCCCUCCGCUUCACGAUCGCACACACGGACUUCAGCCCCUUCUCCCGCCCACAGGAAAACAAGCCAUUCCCGCUACUCAACCGCGCGUGGGCCUACCAGGAGCGGCUCUUAGCCCCACGGGUCCUGCACUUCGGCCCGCACGAGGUCUUCUGGGAGUGCAUGCAGGACCUGGAUUGCGAGUGCGGCGCCGCGAAGUGGUCGGGCGCGCGCAACAUGGGGACCUACAUGAGCCGCGACACGUCGGGCCAGCUACCGCCCAAGAUCUCGCACUACGCGGCGCUGCACGUGGGGACCGCCAAGAAGCGCCAUGGGGUCGACGACACGACGCGGAAGCAGAAGCUGCUGUCGCGCUGGGCGGACAUGGUGCAGGAGUACAGCCGGCGCGCCCUGACCUUCCCCACGGACCGGCUGCCGGCUUUCUCGGGCGUGGCGGCCGAGAUGGUCGAGGCGCUCGGGAUGAAAUACCGCGCGGGCCUGUGGGAAGAGACACUGCCGCUGGGUUUGUUGUGGGAAAGGGAUAAUUGCAUCGAGAUAGGUCCGCCGCUGCAGAACCCGAGACCUGCCCCGUCGUGGUCGUGGGCGGGCAUCGAUGCUCCUGUGAGGUUCCUUCUGUCGCUGUACGGGCCGUACCGUGCGUGGGACGUGCCUGUCAUACAUGCGGAAGUGGAAGAGAUUCGCUGCAUCCCAUCAGGGAUAGACGAGAGGGGACAGGUUCGAGUGAAGGAAUCAUACGUCAUACUCUCCGCUGAGAUGGUGACGGCAUCAUUGUAUUUUGAACCUGAUUCCGGGUCGCCUGAGUGGACACCAUGGAUACCUGUGAGCGAAGCAGUGGCAAAGGGUACCAAGGGGCCAACCGAACUCACUCGUAGGUCGUUCAUGAUCAAGGCCGGGCAGGGAGAUCCUGUCAUGUUUGUCCCUGACAUUGCACUCUGCGACAAGGACGGCAAUUGGGCAUGGGAAGAAAAGGAUGAGCUUUAUUGUGCGAAGAUCCUUAAGUCGUCGGACUUUUGGCACUGGCUCGUUCUUAGACCGAUCCAUGCGGAGGGGGAUUCGGUAUAUGAGCGGAUAGGAGUCGUCCAAAAUUCAGACGCAGACUGGGGCUCCAACCAGGCAAAACAACGGGUUAAAAUCAUAUAGGGAUGAACGAAUACUAGCAGUUAUAAGGCAAUAGGCCCUUUAGCCAGGGCAGCAACUAGCUAGUUCACGAGCAUCGUAUGGUUAGUAUGCUAUGGGCG